AUGGACACCGACCUCGACCUGGACGCCCUGCUCGCCUCCUUCGCCGGCGAGUCCGCCGCAGUCUCCGAGCUCCUCGCCCCGCCUCCGCUCGAUGCGGCGGAGGCGGGGUCGCCGGAGUCGGUGACCUCCCGGUCCAGCCCCGCCGGCGAGGAGGUGCUGUCGGAGAUCGAGAGGUUUCUGAUGCAGGAGGAGGAGGCGGCGGGGGCGGAGCCGGUGGACGGGAUCAGCGUGGACGAGUUCUUGGACGCGCUGUUCGACGGCGCCGAGGAGGGGGGCGAGAAGGGGAACGGGAGUGAGGCUGAGGCUGGGGGCAGCACUGAUGGGGACUCUAGGAGGGGGGAAGAGGGGGUGGAGGUGGUGACGCCGGAGACAGAGGUGGAGGUGGUGACGCCCGAGACGGAGGUGGAUGGCGACGAUCCCAUCAGCAAGAAGAAGAUGAGGCAAAUGAGGAAUAGGGAUUCUGCCAUGAAGUCCAGGGAGAGGAAGAAGUCAUAUGUGAAGGACUUGGAGACGAGGAGCAAGUAUCUCGAGGCAGAGUGUCGCCGCCUCAGCUACGCACUUCAGUGCUGCGCAGCUGAGAACAUGGCACUGCGCCAGAACAUGUUGAAGGAUAGGCCUAUUGGUGCUCACACAGCCAUGCAGGAGUCUGCCGUACUUUCGGAAACCCUGCCGCUGGUUUCCCUGCUUUGGCUAGUGAGCAUCGUGUGCCUAUUCCUAACGCCCGGUCUACCCAACCGAAGCCUGGCGGCUCCAAGGAGAGCCGAAAGAGGUCUCGCAAUGGUAGCCGGAAAGCCAAGCAGUGAUCAACCAGAGACCUUGGAGCUUCUACUCCAUGGAAGGCGCUGGAGGGGCACAAGGGAGAGGAUCAAGCUAGAUACUCCGCCAUUGCGUGCAGCUGCCGCUUGCUAG